AUGCCGAAAUCACCCGUCGGCAUCACCGAGCUGCAAUCAAAAGUGUGGAACGGAUCGUUGACCCUAGAAAUCAGAUUGUCACCGUCGGAUUGCCGCACCUUCGAAGAGUCAAAGCCAUAUCUCAUUCAAUAUCCAAGACUAUCUUACCUGGCAUUUCUGCUACCGCGUCUGCAUGCAUUCUUCCUGCCGAGUCUGGUAAAUCCAGAUCUGUCGGUGCAUGACGCAUGGCUCUCGUUUCAGGGUGUGCCUCUGAAAUGGCAUUAUCCCCUUGGCCUUCUUUACGAUUUGUUUGCUGGUGCAGAGCCUGCUGGAUUCGACGAACAACAUGAAGUGGGCAGCCUUGAUGUUGCUGCCGACUCGACUGCUGCUCUGACCUCCACAAUUCCAUGGCGCCUGACAAUACAUUACACAGAUUUUCCCUUCGACCAAUUGAUAGCGUUGGAUGCCGAGGGCAAGACGAUACAGGACACUUAUGUGAAUAGUGUCAAAGAAGCCGACUUCGUUCGCAACGGUACCGCGAGGACAUUCAUGUCGCUGAGCAAGGAUGAUUCGGACGAUCUUUGGCGAGCUGUCCAGGAACACGAUCUGCAAUUAUAUAACAAAAUAAACAACAAGCUCCUCAACCCACCUGGGAUGGAACUUCGUCAUGUUCCCAUCAAGAUUUAUCUACCCACCUCUGCAAGACAACCCGCGACCGAGACCAUUCAGGAGGAGCCAUCUCCGGGCCAUCUGAGAGUCGUACAGUCUCUCGUACCGCUCUUGUUGACGUCUAAACAGCCCCAAACGCUAGGGACUGCAUUAAAGACCAUCCUGCCUACAAUAUUUCCCAGUCAACGAAACCCUAUCUUUGCUCGUCCAGUAUUGCAUGGCGCAGUUCUACCGAUGGUGGCGCGUUUGGGAGAUCUGGGAAAGGCAGCAGCCUAUACUGAUGGAUUCCUUCAUAUCACGGUUGUCAUGCACGGCUGA